GGGGCCCCGGUGGCAGUGCAGUGGCAGUUGGCAUCCCAGCUCCAUCUGUGAAUCCAAGAACAGGGACACCACCCCCAUCACCCCGGUGGUGCCAGGGCCAGCCGAGCAAGGAUGGGGGCCUCAGGGUCCCGCUCCCCAUUCGGGGUCUGGUCCCACUCCUCACUCCAGUUCUUCAACCAGCCCCCACAGAAGGCAAAAACACGCCAGAGAGGACCAGCUUUCUGGAGCAGCUCGGGGAAAAUCAGCUUGCCCCAGAAACAGCAGGUUUCCAUGCCCAGGAAGAAGAAGUACAGACUAUGCCCCUCUCCCCCCAAAUUCCUUGGCAUAACCAGCUGGGCACAAUUACUUGCCAUUUUCUUAGCGGCGGUCGCUCUGAGUUUGUUCUUCGUGCUGAUGAGUUACCUUAACACUUAUAUCCAGAAGGCUGAGACAUUAAAUGACCAAACUUUGCAGAUGAGGACCAGGGAGAAAAGGUUGAAUGAUGCUAUCAAACUGUUGGCAGGAGACCAGGGUCAGCAUUGUAUACUCUGUCGCAACCACACCUGGCUGCAACGGGCAGGGACCUGCUACAGACGGACGGAUGUCUUGAUGCCCUGGGGAAUGUGCAUGGAGAAAUGCAAGAGCCGGGGAGGCAGCCUGCUCAUGGCAGACACGGAAGGGGAAAUGGAAUUCCUGCUCCGGGAGUCCCGCAAAUGGGUCACCAUGGUUGAUCAUAAACACGUCCCACAGAAGAUCUGGAUCGGUUUGUCCUUCAACCUGUCUCAGAAGACCUGGUAUUGGGCAGAUGGAGAACUCAUGCACAUCCGGAUACCCAUCCAUAUAAAGAUGCCUUGUUUCCCCACUGAAUGUUGCGUGGCGAUUAGCAACGGAAAAGCAAUCAGCAACAUCUGCAGCGAGGAGAUCAGCUGUCUGUGCAAGAAAGUUGUGCUUUGAAACCGUCCACGGGCACCCCCAAAAUGUCCUCCCCCACCCCCAUUUUGCAAUAAAGGUUCCCCUCCCAAAAGGGUACCUCCCAAAAAGGUAACCCAGUUUGACCUUGGGAAACGCCUCUGUGGACGAAAAUGCCCAAAAGAUACCGCUGCUUCUUCAAAGAAAUGAAACGCCUGUAUCAAAUGCUUCCCAUCCCUUCGAUUUUCGUUCUUUUAUGCGGUUGUUUUAUAUCUCCCGAAUGCUGGUUUGUUUUUUUUUCCCACUCUUGCAGCGUCUGAGAAAUUUAAAAUAUUUCACGGUGA